ACAAAUGGCAUCCGUUGAAAACUUUCGUCAGCUUUUGAAGCCGCUGAUAUUUUACUCGAAAGUGUUGGGAGUCGAAAUGUGGACAGCUCCCGGAAAAUUUCUGCCCGCGUCAUACUAUCUCUCAACUCAAAUGGCGAUUUAUCUUAUCAGCACCAUAACGACCGUGAUAAAGUAUAGGAACGAUCCACUGCAUCUGAUGAAAGUUCUCGUUACAUUGGGUACCGCUGUACAGCUGUAUAUAAAAUUUUUCGUCGGUCAUUUCAAGGCAAAUGAGGUAAAACAAUUCACCGAAACUGUGGAGCACGAUAUUCUGGAAAAAUAUCAGAAAGGAACAAAGGAAGAAGUUGCAAUGCUCGAUCGAACUGGUCGCUAUCUGUGGAUUAUAUUUCGUAUUACCUCCGUUAUAUGUUUUAUUGCUGGAGCAGCGUUUGCAUUGUAUCCAAUAUUUGCCUAUUACACCACAGGAAAUGUAUUGCCGUUGUUGCUCUAUGAGCUACCAUACUAUGAUUUUAGUACUACCGCAGGAUAUGCUGUAAAUAUGUUAUUUCAACUAAAUCUUCUAGUAAACGGUGUUUUAGGGGUGAUGCUGGCUGAUAUUGCGUAUCUGAUAUUUGCGAUGUAUGCAAUGGUCGUAGCAGAUAUUUUGAUUGUUCACCUUGGUGAGCUUGAAGCCAUGCUGAAUGAUCCAUUAAAAGAUGAUACAAAGAGAUCGGAAGUACGAGAAAAGUGGGUACAAUGCAUGUACGAUCAUCAGCAGUCAACUAGCUUCUUGAACAUCAUUGAAGACAUCUUUGGACUCCAAUGUCUAGCACAGGUGGUAAUGGGCGUAUUUACAAUAUGUGACUGCAUGCUGCUGGUAGCGUUGAUUGACGAAAUGUAUCAUAAAAUAAUUUCAAUGCCAUGGUACAAGCUGCCGGUGAAGGAACAAAAAGAGUUUUGCUUUCUUGUAUCGAGACAGCAGCGUCCCAUGAUGCUGACAGCUUUUGGGUUUCAUCCAAUGAACUUUGAGGCGUACAUGAGCGUAUUGAAAGGUUUGUACCAGUUUUUCGUAAUGGUCAUGCAGUACGUGGGAUAA